AUGAUUAUAUCAUAUUUUCCAAAAUAUGCGGCCACUUUGGCCUUCUUUGUCCUGAGUGCCGGUGCUCUGGACACUUUCAUUGCUGCAGUGUAUGAGCACGCUGUUGUAUUACCAAACAGGACAGAAACACCUGUGCCGAAAGAAGCAGCUUUGCUCCUGAUGAACAAGAAUAUAGAUGUUUUAGAGAAAGCAGUUAAACUGGCAGCCAGGCGGGGCGCGCAUAUCAUUGUGACCCCAGAAGAUGGAAUUUAUGGCUGGGUCUUCACAAGGGGCACCGUUUAUCCCUAUCUGGAGGAUAUCCCAGACCCUGAAGUGAACUGGAUUCCAUGUAGAGAUUCCCAGAGGUUUGGCCGCACCCCAGUGCAAGAAAGGCUCAGCUAUUUGGCCAGGGACAGCUCUAUCUACUUCGUGGCAAAUAUUGGGGACAAGAAGCCAUGCAAUACCAGUGACCCUCAGUGUCCCCACGGUCAUUACCAAUACAACACUGAUGUGGUGUUUGAUUCUGAGGGUAGGCUGGUGGCCUGCUACCACAAGGACAAUCUUUUUGCACCUGAAAUUCAAUUUGAUUUCCCCAAGGAUUCAGAAUUUGUGACUUUUGACACACCCUUUGGGAAGUUUGGCAUUUUCACUUGCUUUGACAUUUUUUCUCAUGAGCCAGCUAUGGUGGUGGUGGAGGAGUUACAGGUUGAUAGUGUUCUCCACCCCAUGGCCUGGUACAACACACUGCCCCUGCUCUCGGCGGUCCCCUUCCAUUCUGCGUGGGCCCGAGCCCUGCGAGUCAAUCUGCUAGCCGCCAAUACCCACACCACCAGCAUGCACGUGACAGGUACUUCAUGCCGCUCCUGCCCCAAUGGGCAGCCGUGGGUGUGCUAUGACACGGAAACAGAGAGUGGCCAGCUGAUGCUCUCAGAAUUGAAGUUGUGGCCUCGAAGAGAACGCAGUUACCCUGCAGCUGUUGACUGGAGUGCUUAUGCCAGAGGUGUCAAACCAUUCCCAUCUAAACUGUUGGAUUUUCCAGGGAUGCUUUAUUUUGAUGAGUUCACCUUCACCAAGCUUGAGAGAAGCACAAGAAAUUACACAGCUUGUCAGAAAGACCUGUGUUGUCAAACUUACAAGAUGUCUGAGAAACGAACCCAUGAGGUAUAUGUACUAGGUCCCUUUGAUGGACUGCACACGGUAGAAGGUCAAUAUUACUUACAGGUAUGCACAUUACUGAAGUGUCAAACCACUGACCUGAGAACUUGUGGAGAGCCUGUGGGGUCAGCUUUUACCAAAUUUGAAGAUCUCUCCCUCAGGGGCACAUUUGGAACGCGUUAUGUUUUCCCACAGAUCAUUCUUAGUGGGAGUCAGCUUGCCCCUGAAAGACAUUAUGAGGUUUCAAGAGAUGGACGUCUGCGGAGCCAAGGUGGAGGCCCUUUUCCUGUCUUGGUCCUGGCCCUGUAGGGAAGAGUGUUUGAGAGGGGCCCCCUGCACUUAGGGCAGGGACCCUGGCAACUAUCAUGAUCCCCUUCACUGCUGUCCUUUCAGGAUUAACCUGGCAAAGAGGG